UAUUAAAUGAUUUGACAAAUACUGAAUCUUUUCAACCUACGAAUUUGACAAAUGAUAAUGAUGAUUAUGACCAAACGACACAACUGUUUCAACAUUAUAAAUUAAUUUUAAAUCAAGCAUUAAGAAUCGUAGAAGAACAAGAAAAUAUUGGCAAUAAACGGUGGGCACAAGCAGUUCAAACAAGUUUCGAGGGUGUAAACAA